CCGCCCCACCCCUCCGGCCCAGACCGGAAAUGAGGUCAGAGAGGGAAGCUCGGGCCGGGAGACUCGGCCCCGCAAGCGGCGGCCUUUGGAGGUGGCUGCGGCAGCGGAUGUGGCCUCAUGGAUGAGCUGGUUCAUGACUUAGCCUCAGCCUUGGAGCAGACAUCUGAGCAGAAUAAGCUUGGUGAGCUCUGGGAGGAGAUGGCCCUGAGCCCGCGGCAGCAGAGGCGGCAGCUUCGCAAACGGAGAGGCCGGAAGCGCCGUUCAGACUUCACUCACCUGGCGGAGCAUACCUGCUGCUACAGUGAGGCCUCCGAGUCCAGUCUGGAUGAGGCUCUCAAGGACUGUCGAGAAAUGGCCCCGGUCACCAAUUUCAGUGACUCUGAUGACACGAUGGUAGUCAAACGGCACCCAGCUCUCAACGCCGUUGUUAAGAGUAAGCAGCAUUCUUGGCAUGAAUCUGACUCCUUUACUGAAAAUGCACCCUGUCGACCGCUCCGGCGCCGGCGAAAGGUGAAGCGAGUGACGUCAGAGGUGGCUGCCAGCCUUCAGCAGAAGCUCAAGGUGUCAGAUUGGAGCUAUGAGAGAGGCUGCAGGUUCAAGUCGGCCAAGAAGCAGCGUCUGUCCCGCUGGAAGGAGAAUACUCCCUGGACCUCGUCAGGUCAUGGGUUGUGUGAAUCAGCAGAAAACAGGACUUUCCUAAGCAAAACGGGAAGGAAAGAAAGGAUGGAGUGUGAAGCAGAUGAACAGAAACAGGGCUCUGAUGAGAACAUGUCAGAAUGCGAAACCAGCAGUGUGUGUAGCAGCAGUGACACGGGGCUCUUUACCAACGAUGAAGGCCGGCAAGGGGACGAUGAGCAGAGUGAUUGGUUCUAUGAAGGAGAAUGCGUCCCAGGAUUCACUGUCCCUAAUCUGCUGCCCAAGUGGGCUCCUGACCACUGCUCCGAGGUAGAGAGAAUGGAUUCUGGACUGGAUAAACUUUCUGAUUCCACAUUCCUUUUACCUUCUCGACCAGCUCAAAGAGGGUACCACGCUCGCUUUAAUCGUCUGCCUGGAGCUGCAGCUCGAUGCCUCAGAAAAGGGCGAAGAAGGCUUGUGGGGAAGGAGUCCAGCAUAAGUAAUCUGGGUACUGAGAGGAUAGGCCACCUCAUUAGUGACCCUCGGCAGAAAGAAAAGAAUAAAGCCCUGGCUUCUGAUUUUCCUCACAUUUCUGCUUGUGCACAUGAGUUUAAUCCUCUCUCUCCCCUUUACUCCCUGGAUGUUCUUGCUGACGCUUCUCACCGAAGAUGUUCACCAGCACACUGCUCUGCCAGACAGGCAAACAUACACCUGGGGCCCCCAUGUUCACGUGACAUCAAGAGGAAACGGAAACCUGUGGCCACAGCGUCUCUGUCCAGCCCAAAUGCCGUUCACAUGGAUGCAGUGGAGUCAGCUACGCCAGCGUCACAGGCCCCCAAACCUCCAGACUCUGAGUGGCUGGUCAGGACCUCUGCCGCAGAGAAAGCCACUGACUCAGCAGCAGCUACGUUUUUUAAAAUGCCACAGGAAAAGAGCCCUGGUUACAGCUAGACCGCAGUAUUUCACCCACCAGGAGCUGACUGGAUGUUGUUGAAACAAAUAUUAGACUUUGUAUUAUAUUGUCUUGCAUAUCUUAAUUGACAUUCCCAGCCCUUUCGCCAUCAGGACUGACUCCUCUUCAAACAAAGAAGUGAACUCUUUCUCUUAGAAAAUCAUGUUGUGCAGGUCUUUUUUUUAUUAUUAUGAAGUAUUGAGACUGCAGGUUUUAAAAAAAAGGUCAUCCAGUGCUGUAUAUGUUAGAUUGCUGUUGUCCCAAGUUACCUACAGCUCUGUUUACAGAGCUGUUGAUUUUUUGCAGAUAUGUCUUGUUUUUCUUGAAAAACCAGUAACUGCUUUUGCCUAUUUUUUGUGUAGUGCUUUUAAUACCAUUUGAGGAAGUUCUAAAUUUGCAGCCAGUUCCAAACACAGAAUUAAGACCUGUGUGUGGAAUUAAUUUGUAGGAGAUAAGGCUUGCUUUUGAGCCUUGUCUUGAUUCAAGCAGAGUGCCAAUAAGAUAAAUUCAGAAAGUUCUUAAUUUGAAGCCUCAGAAGAGACACCAGCAGCAUGGGCCUUGGGAACUUACUCCAUUUUUCUAGAUGGCCUGUUGGAGUCGCCAGCAGCUGCAUUCUGUGUUGCCUCAUCUCCAAGUCUGUGUUCUACCAAAAGAGGAUCUAUAUAUAUACAUUCAGAUGGGUGUAAUGAAGAAUACAUACGAGGGGUCCUUCAGGUGUACAGCAAAUUUAAAAUAGUCAGUGGAUUGUGUCUAAAUACUUCAUGUCACAGUGUAAGCUUUUAUGUACUAAACGAGACUUUUACUGGUAGUAUUAUAGUCAGUAACCUGUAGCAGAAAUUUAUACUUUAUUGUAAUAAUGGCUUCUUGGGGCCAUACUUUGGGGAGGGAAAAUGUCUUUUCGACAUGACUUUAUACUUGGCGUGUUUACGACGGCUUAGCUGCCUGUGGAGUUAUAUAUACAGCCAUGCCUGAAGUUGGACGAUCCGUUGUCAAAAUGAGGAAUAUGUGACUGCCUACAGCUACUGGAGAAAAGCCACCCUUUCUAAAAAGGUAUCAAGAGUGUCUGUCAUCCCGGGACCUGGUUGGCAGAAGAGCUCUGUUUUGGUGCAAACUGAGUGCUUUUACUCUGAAAUACAUAGGAGCGGUUCUCAAGCGCUCUGGUGGCGCUCUGGAGCAGCGCGUGCUCGGCACCUGGCGGGACAGAGCCUCCUCUCCUCUCCCUGAAGCGCCCUUGUGCCUCUUCUCACACAGAACGUAAGGGUGGGGCGUGCUCUCGUAGUGCUUUGGAAACUGUCAUCCUCGCCAGUGGUAGCUACAGAAUGGCCCCAUGUCAGUGCAGUGGGUGUGAAGCUGGUGGGAAAGGGGGACCGGAAGCUAAGUUUACCUAGCACUUGAUCGAAGGCUGAGAACCUGGCCAUUGUCCGUAACACGGGAUCCUGUGGCGCCAGGGGCAGGUGGAGAUUAGAGUGCGGAGCAGUGCUCAAGCCCGCCCAGCUCGCCUGGGAGCGCCCAGGAGCUCUUGCUGUGGCGCGUGUACUUCCUUGCUACGUAGGCUGCACCCGUACCAGAACAGGGAACAACGUUGACUAUAAAGUGGUUCUACUCUGUCGUUUCAGUGAUGAAGGUGGCUUUUUGUUGGCAUAUGUGCAUUCUUCCUUAGUCCCAGGAGUGUCCUGAGGCACACAUCUCUAACAGAAUUUGUUGGAUUUCAGGGAGAAAUCCACGAACAUAAUACUUGUAUUUUCUUUGCAGUAAGCUCCAUGGCUCAUGCAGAGAUGGGUCUUGCGAUAAUGGCCUAUUGAGACCUCUGUAGUUUGGGUAGCAUCUUUUUCUUCAUGACACAUAACCUAAUAAUUCUCCUUUUUACCUGUGAUUAAAAGUAAUCUAUAUGAACAGUUUUACUUUCAUUUUAAAUAUCUCUGUGAUGAAAAGGUAGGUGAUUACUACCAUUUUAUAGGGUUAAGGAUGGUCACAGAACUUCGUGACUUGCCCCAAAUCACAUAAUCAAGCCAAGACUAGACUCCCAGACUUUCAGACUUUCUUAGUCCUGGGUUAUAAUCUUCUGUUUUUCACUGAUAGAACUGAGUCACUCUGAGACUCAUAUUUUUGAAACAGUAUGCCAGACAAGCUGUAUAUCAUCUUUCUUGAUCAAUCUUUCCUGAAUAUUUUGAAUACUUUGAGCAGGGAGCACCCCAGAAUGCCAUGCUGUGCUGUGCUUAGCUGCUCAGUCAUGUCUGACUCUUUGCAACUCCAUGGAUUGUAGCCCACCAGGCUCUGUCCGUGGGGAUACUCCAGGCAAGAAUACUGGAGUGGGUUGCCAUACCUUCCUCUAGGGGAUCUUCCUAACCCAGGGAUUGAACCCAGGUCUCCUGUAUUGUGGCCGGAUUCUUUACUGUCUGAGCCACCAGGGAAGCCCAUGAAUACUGGAGUGGGUAGUCUAUCCCUUCUCCAGGGGAUCUUCCCAACUCAGGAAUUGAACCAGGGGUCUCCUGCAUUGCAGGCAGAUUCUUUACCAGCUGGUCUACCAGGAAGCCCCAAAAUGCCAUAUCUACCUGUAAUAAGCAGGAAAGAAAAUUAAUUGCCUAAGAGAAUAGCCAUUAAGCACACAAAUAUGUUUACAGCACAGGGCUGUAAAUUGUGCUCCUCCUUUAAAGCUGCUGUAUGAGCAUGCUUAUAGAAGACUCCCUGGCUUACUCUGCUUGUUUUUUGUAUGAGUCCAUUCCAGAGGACUACCCUUAGAAUCAAGAGUAUUUUGAAUCUUAAGCUUUCCGUUUCCUUUUUAUACAUCAAAGUGUGUAAUGUUACAAAGUAAGAAAAAUCUGUUACCUUUCAACAAAAAAAAAUAAUUUCAAAAUCAAGUUUUGUAAUCUGUUGGAAGAAAACCCGAUAGCUUGACUUCCUUUGAAGAUAAUUUUUGAGCCACAUACGUAUGAUCUGCUCAAAAGUAAUAACUGAAGCAGAGUUUCACAGUUCUUCCUUAUUUCAGGAUUCUGAUUUAUCCCAGCAUGCUAUGUAGUCUGUCUGUCUAGAUCCUAGACUUGGGUAUUUUUCACAAUGGACGAAAAUCAAGACAUUGUUUACUGGCAUGAGCAUCUUUCAUAAAGGAUAGUUCUGCUUCCAGGUUCAAGGGAAUUUGAGAUUAUAUUUCAGAUUCAGUGUUUUAAAGGGAACAACUUCAUUUGCAUCAGAGCUUUUGUUGCAUUUUGAUAACUAUUCAGAAGAAAUUAGUAUCUGUUCUUUGGUGCCAAAUUUGGAGAAGCAGAGUAUGAUCUUUGUUGAGUGGUGUGUUCUUGAUAAAUAGGCCUUGAAUUCUAUAGAAAUCAAGCAUAAUUGGAAAUUUCAGGUGACAUUGUUUUGCUGGGCUGUACAGACAGGCUGCAAAAAAGGCCAUUUUGGCAACAAAAUGACCAAAAGCUGAAAUAAAGAUUCUUAAUCUCUGAUGUUUAUGGCAUCCUUUGCUAAGUGAAGCUCAACAGCUUGGACAGGGAAUUCAACUAUUUCUGAAUCCCAAAUGGAUGAAUCUGAGAUAUUGCUGCAUUUUGGAACCAGAAGUGCAGUCUAGACCACAGCACAGCAAGUUUUGAUGCUCCAAGUACAGGAGCGGAGUUAUCGCAGAAGUCAUCCAGAGUUGAACAAAUCACAGAGUGUUGAGCGAGGAAGCCAGGCGAUCACUGUCAUGGCUGGUGUGAUGGGUUCCCCACUUUGGCUUAAGGCAAAGUCUCCUGGUGAUGCAUGAUUCAUGUCAAGUCUUUGCUUUAUUUUGGCUUUACUACAUGAAUCUGAGCCACAAGCUUUUGUUUCCUGGGGAUCAGGUGAGGUAAAAAUCUCAGUGUUAGAAUCCGUAUUCAGCAUUCUGUAUAUUGGGUGAACUUUACCUUGAGCUGGGAUGAGAGCAGAGUGACUUUCUCUGGCAGCUGUGGCUACAUUCUAGUUGGGGCAUAGCUUAUAGACUGUAUCGUGGUUCGUAUGAUGGUGGGAGGGGUGGUGGAAGCAGGUUGCUCUUUCUGGCAGUUGCUUCCUUGGUUAAUGCCCAUUUUAGUUGUCAGUAUUUCCUUAUCUCCUGACCUCCCACUCUAGUCGUGACAGUUAGUGGAGUGACCGACAGUGACAGCAUUCAGGUUGGGUUUCUGCCCCAUUAGAAAACUGGCACAGAGGAAGAAGUUGAGGAAAUUGGUGGGUUCUGCUGUUAGCACUUGGAGAAGGCGAUGGCACCCCACUCCAGUACUGUUGCCUGGAAAACCCCAUGGACGGAGGAGCCUGGUAGGCUGCAGUCCAUGGGGUUGCAAAGAGUCGGACACGACUAAGCGACUUCUUUCACUUUUCACUUUCAUGCAAUGGAGAAGGAAAUGGCAACCCACUCCAGUGUUCUUGCCUGGAGAAUCCCAGGGACGGGGGGGCCUGGUGGGCUGCCGUCUAGGGGUCACACAGGGUAAGAUACAACUGAAGCGACUUAGCAGCAGCAGCAGCUGUUAGCACUGAACACAAGUGGUCCAGUGAUGCCUUCAUCUACGUUAAGGUCGCAAAACAGAUGAACAUCAAAUGCCUACAAAGAGCAACGUUGAAAUAAGGAUAUCGAGUAAUCUUGGCUGAAGAGUGUGGGUUAUAAAGUUUGUAAGAAGCUCAGCAAAACAAACUUAAGGCCCAAAGAAGACAUUUUCCUGCCACUGCACUGGGUAAAAUUGCCAAAUGUGGGGAAUAAAUUUUUCCAGCACAGUAUUUGAAGAGCAGGGCAGAUCCUGAAGAUGUUCACCAAGGAAAGGAAUAUUGGCAAGAUCCAGAGUGAGAAGGCGAGAAGAGGAGGAGAUGCAUAGAGCAAGCGUACUAGGCCCCUGAGACCAGCAGCACCCACAUAUUCUCUUGCUGACCUGAUUGGCUGAAUUAGAAGCUGAGGGUGAGGCCCAGCAAUCUUCCAAGCCCUCCAGGGGAUUUCAUAUGACGUGUUAGAACUGCAGGCUUUGCCAUAGUUGGAAAGAAGUGUUUUAAUAUACCGGUAUCCCCACGAAGCUCUGAGGUGCUCUUAUACUUUCCUCCAUAAGUAUAGAAAUGUUUUGUGUAUGGUUCUUUGCAGAAACUAUUAAAUGUCUUUAUUUACUGUACUUUUCCCCUCAAGGUCCCUGAAAGAUCUGGAAAUAGUGAGAAAGGAUGAUGUGGAGAAGAAUGCCAUCGAGGCCAUUUUUAGAUGGAUGGAAAACAGCUUUUUUUAAAAAUUGGUUAAAAUACAACUGGAUUUUUUAGUCUGUGUGUAAUAAGUUGUUUUUCACCGUUGACAGUAAAGCAUUUGUGUAAGAUACUGCCAUCCAUGAUUUUAUGAUACCUGUUUAUUACAUCUUAGUUUCAUGGGAAAAUGUCAUGUAUUUUCCAGCAUCAUACUGAUGAAGCCUUUAAAGUGUGGCUCACAAAAAUGAAAAAAAAAAAAAGGAGGGAGAAACCCACCUCCAAUACAUAGCUAUUGUGUAAUAAAUACCUGUUGGGUUAUUGGUUGUCUUUUGCUGGGAAUUAAUCUCAGUACUUCAGAGCAUGUAAAAAUCAAUUUUCAGUGAUC